AUGCUCCCAGAGCAUCCUCCCUCUUACGCACAAUCGCAUGAUCCGCAAACUCUGGAUCUGCCUUCUGCGCCCACCUCAGACCUUCCUCCGAUACAUCGUGAACGUACAUUGCCCCCUCUACCUGCUGCCCCGGCAGAAUUACGAUUCACGUCAGAGCCGGUAGCUGAGCCUCAGUUUGUUUGGCCUUCUUCAAAUCCGUUGACGGCAUACUACCAGCCUGGACCUUCACAGCUUUCCCCCAAAGGAAAAACGAUAGAAUCGCCGAGCACGAUGGAUGUCGAUACAGAUAGUCGCGGGCGACGCGGGCGACGCGGGGGAAGCGUGCUGUCGAUAGAUGAUCCAGAUGUUCGCAUGGCAGCCGAAGCACUUGGGGAUCUUCGAGCAGAUUUCGUCCACUCUCCUCCCCCAAGACACACUUCCUCGCCGUCGUCUUCGACGACUUUCCAGGGCAGGGGACAGCAAGCGGAACCUCUGCUGUCCCUCCUCACUGAGUCCCACCCCCUCAUCGGCACCGCAAUCGGUGGCUCACUCUCCGCCUAUUCAGCUUCUAAGAACUAUAGCCCUCGAUUUAAAUCCAGCGCUGAGUAUGUUGAGAAGAGGUUCACACCUAUCGUCAAUACCGUUGGAUCAGUCAAUCGUAUAACAGGUAUUGAGGGCGGUGUGCGAUGGUUUUUAGGAGGUCGGCGACCAAGCCACCAACCGCCUUCCGAUCCCGAAGCUGGCUCUGAGGGCUCCAACAAACGGCGUAAGAUUGGCAGUGCAGAAGAGGAUCGGGAGGCUGAUCGUGAUGUCUCUCAAGACCCCUAUCGCGCCCACAGGGGGGAACUACAGCUUCGGCAACGAGAACCAAGUCAGGCGUCUACUGUCGAGAGUUUACCUGCAUAUGACGAACACAGAAGUCCGUCCUAUGAAGCGGCGCAACAAGCUUUGAUCCCCACCCAAGGAGACGCGGCGAUGUCCCAAGGUAGUUCCUGGCAGUCGCGUCUCGUGCUCUCCACAUCCGGAUUGAGUAUCGCUAUGAGUGAGGAAAGUUUGCGGAGUCUGAAAUACUGUCUCAGUUGGCUGCGUUGGGCGAACGAGCAUAUUGGAAAAGUAAUCGAAGCGUUGAAAUCAGCACUGGAACAUUACGACCAAGGAUCCGAAUCUUCAACUGCGGGCUCAAUUACUUCUAACGACUGGACAUACCCUAAAGAGAAGGAAGGACAAAAUAGCGGACAAUUGGUUGUCAGAAGCGAAGCCGAGAGAUCAGCGCUCAAUGCGCGGAUUGCGGAACUGAAGACGGAUGUGUUGAAGACCUUGAAAGAGGUCGUGGACAUUGUGUCCAAAUACGCUGGAGGAGCAUUGCCGGAAAAUGCGAGAAUUCUAGUAAGGAGGCAUCUUACAUCGUUGCCGCAAAGGUUCAGAUUGGCGAGUGCCAAUUCUGGGAGGUCUGGCGGAGGCGGAGGCGGAGGCGGAGGAGACACACAGGUUACGGAGGGCGCAAAAAGGGUCAUGGUGCUUGCCAAGGAGGGCCUGGACAUGAUGGCCCAAGUAUCAGCAGUCCUUGACGGGACGAUCGUCAGCGCAGAAGAAUGGUGUGAGAGGUUAGGGAGGAAGAAGAGAGAGGAACGUGAGGGCGGGAGCGCAGCAGAGAGAGAGAAGAGCCCUGGCGCACCGCCCCCACAAAGGGAUGAAAAUGGCUACAUUGGAGGAGUUGCGGAUACAAAAAUGGGCUGA